GCAGCACUCUCACUCCCACCUGCCGGUGCCAGACUUGGCACUACAACGUCACCGCCGGAUGGAAGCCUUUACAUGGAAUUAGCUGUCAGCAGAGCAGCCUGUGAGUGGGAGGAGGUGGCUGGGAUAUAAAGAAGGGAGUCUGUUACAGGAUUCCCAAGCAGAUGGGAAGAAAAAGCAGGUGUCCUAAAGCUACAGGGCACACCGGGGAGCCUAAGACUGGGACUUACAGGCUUCAGCUGCUCUCCACAUCCCUCUGCUGAACUAUACCCUGGCCCUUGCUCUAUACAGUUGUUGGGUGAUGAUGUCUGGGAGUCCGCCUGAGGAGCAGCUUUGCAGUUUCCAGGAGGCCCUGCGGCAGAGCCUGUUCCUGGAGGAGGAAUUCCCACAGCCUCCAACAUUCCGGGGAGCUCUAAGGUGGCCAAGGAAUGGAAAGCUCAGGGCUCAGCCUCUGUCCUUUGAGGAGAUCAGGGAGGUGGAAGAAGAAGGGGUCUCCCCCACCGAAGAGGAAAAGGCCAGGAGAUCCUUCCUACAGUCUCUGGAGUCCAUGAGAAGGAAUUUCCACCUGCACAGAGAGAAGCUGGCAAUGUCCAAACUCAGCCUGGACUCUAGUGACUCUGACUCGACUCCCAGCUGAGAGCUGAAUCUUCCAUGACUUGCAUGUCUUAAGGCUUAUGUCUACUAAAUGGUGCUAUUGUCCUACUUGGUACUGAUUUCAUGUCUUUGGAUGCUGAACUGGAGAUAAAACUUUCUGCAAACUUUCUGAAUAGAUGUAAAGAAAAAGUUGUGGGGGCAAAGGAGACUUGGCAGAUUGACCAGCCUUUGGGUCUUCAACUGCCCAGUACGCUCAAGGACUGAAAGUUGGGCAACAAUUGCUCUGCCAUCACCCCCAUACUUUCUUCUAGACUAAAACUGCUCCUCUAUGGGCCCCAGCAGUACCCCCUAUUGGCAACCCCACAGCACUGACUCAAUGAAAGUUAUAGGUGUGACAUAUGAUACACAAAUUGGGGUGACCCAUAGCAAGUUCUCAGGAUUCCCCAAGAUCCAACACCGAUCUCCUGCUAAAGUGGGAUUAGAGACGGAUUAUUCUUUUCUCGUGGAUUAUCUAAAUCUGACACGCGACUGAGCCAAGGACACGGCCCCAAACGUCUCUUUAAUUUUGUAUGACGAAUAUGAAUUCAUUUAUUUUUUGUCUUUUGAAUAAAUCUGUGCACGGGAGCUGCCAUUUGGCUGUAGGCUCAUCAAUAUAAGUGUAUAGGUUUUGCACUGGCUGAUUCUGCCUUUUCUUGAAAUAAAUCAACAUAUUUCUU